GUCAUCAUAAAUCACAUGACAUGAUUUAAAUGACAAUUACAAACGUAUGGCAAACAGAGGGACGUGGCACAGUCACUAAGUGAAUACUUUGAGAAUUAAGAAUCUUAGUGGCUGUGUUCAAGUAAAUAUGGAUGAUUACGAUUAUGACCUAUUACCAACAUUUGACAUGGAUGAGUAUGAUCCAAAUGAGGAUGGAUUAUUAGAGUUUUACUAUCAAGAGGACAAACUGGGCAUGACAGUGACAUCUGGCAGUGUAGCACUUCAGAAAGAUGGCCAGAAUUUGAUUGGUAUAAGUAUAGGAGGUGGAGCUCCACUCUGUCCCUGUCUGUAUAUAGUACAGAUCUUUGAUAACACACCUGCCUCUAAAGAAGGAACUCUGGCCUCUGGUGAUGAACUGGUUGGUGUCAGUGGACAAUCUGUUAAAGGGAAAACCAAAGUAGAGGUGGCCAAGAUGAUACAGUCUAUAAAGGAAGAAGUGACUAUCAAUUACAACAAACUACAUGCAGAUACCAAACAAGGCAAAAGUUUAGAUAUUGUUUUAAAGAAAGUGAAGCACAAAGUGGUAGAAACCAUGAAUACAAACACAGCAGAUGCAUUAGGACUUAGUAGAGCUAUCUUGUGUAACGAUGGACUUGUAAAGAAACUAGAAGAAUUAGAGAAAGUUGCUGAAAUGUAUAAAGGCUUAAUAGGUCUCACCAAGUCAUUAUUAAAGACAACAUUUGAAUUAUCUCAAUCUCAUAAAGCAUUUGGAGAAGUAUUCUCAGCAAUAGGAGUAAGAGAGCCUCAACCUGCUGCUAGUGAAGCAUUUUCUAGGUUUGGUGAAGCUCAUCGCAAUAUGGAAAGAUUUGCUAUCAAAAUGUUAAAGACAGCUAAACCUUGCGUGUUUUGGCAUAAAGAGCUUUGUUAUUUCAUGAUAACAGAUUUAAACACAUACCUAAAUAAAGCAGUUCCAGAUACUAGACUCACAAUCAAGAAAUAUCUGGAUGUCAAGUUUGAAUAUUUAGCAUAUUGUUUAAAGGUUAAAGAAAUGGAUGAUGAGGAAUACAGCUAUGCUGCUUUACAAGAACCUCUUUACAGAGUAGAAACAGGGAAUUAUGAAUAUAGAUUGAUAUUAAGAUGUAGACAAGAUGCCAGGACCAGAUUUGCUAAAAUGAGAUCAGAUGUCUUAGUGAAGCUUGAAUUGUUGGAUCAGAAACAUGUACAAGAUAUUGUGUUCCAGUUACAAAGAUUUGUGUCAGCGAUGGCUAAAUACCAUAAUGACUGUCAUGGUGUUAUGAAAGAAGCUGUUGUAUUCCCAAUAGAAGUAGACUUAUCAAGAGGAACAUUUACUUAUGAUACAACUGAUCAAUUCAAUGAUGAAGAAAAUGAAGAGGAGGAGGAGGAACAGGAAGAGGAAGUGGUUACAGAGUCCAGAGGGGAGACAACUGCCCCUUAUAGUGAUAACUUAAUAAAUACUGAUUAGUAUGAAUGAGAGAAGCUGAUGAAAGAUUGAUUAUAAGUAAUAGCAUCCAUAAGGGUAUAUGUUAUGAUUAAAUGUUGCUCUGCUAGGAAACAUGACUAUAGCUUCAUCAUAUGGAUAAACUUGUCAUCGAGAGGAAAUGAAAAGUAGUUUCUUUGUUUAUAAAUUCUUGGAAAAAAUCUAUAGCAAUUAUUUUUGUAAGACAGUUGUCUUGACAGAUUUGUAGUAUUUGUAAAGUAGUUGUAUUUUGUUUUCAAGACUUUUUUUUCUUUUUAAACAUAUUUUGUAUAACUUCUCUCAAAUAUGUUCUUCAAAUAGUACAUUAUUUUUCAUGUUAAA